GUUCAGUCGUUGCCUACCACGUCCGUAGUCAACUUCAUAUUUGGUUGUCGUCACGCCACCCUUAUUGAAUUACGCUCACCAUGUGUUGUUUCCUUUUAAGAUUCUUUAAUCUCGACUUGUUAUACCAUAACUAGAUCAAAGUGCGAUCCUGGAUACAAUUUUAAAACCACGUUGAAUAAAAACAAAACCUGCUUUACUUACGCAACCAUGCAGCUUAAACGAGUGUUCGAAAAAAGGAGAUGCUGUGUAUGGGCUGUGUGAUCGAGUGUUUCGCUUUCUCUCGUUUACAAAAUUGUUAAUCAGGAACAACAAGAAAACCAGUUUACGGUGUCAGCCGGGAAGCUUCCGAUCACCUUUUAUAAAAAGGUUCGGGUUAUUGAGAACGUAGUGUCUGCGAGAUCGUUCAAGUGUUCACACCCUCAGGGCGCAUCAGCAUGACAACAAGUUGAAAUCGACACUAUUUUUCAUUUUUAUAUAUGUUUUCAACGAGUGUAAUAUUAGAUCGAGCUAACAACGUACACACAAGUCCUGAAGGGCAGGCAUUCAUGUGUGUGUUCAUCGUCGUGACAUGGCAGAUGUGCACAACCUACCGUGAUACUAUUUUUAAGAAUUGUUUGCUAAAUCUCCUUGGCUCUCCCCAACCGUAAACGUCUUCUGGAAAAAGUCCAAACUGCAAGUGCCUUUGAAAAUUACGUUAAGGUAUUUAAAAGCCGUACGUUUUGUUUAUUAUUGCUUGUUUUUAAUUAACGAAAUUCGCCGACUGAAACCAAAGUGGAUAAGUGCGAGAGAAUUCAAGUUUCAAAGAAACGUAGUUAAAGGGGUUUCUAGACAAGAGUGACGUCAACAUGGCGGCUUAUUUCGUUUUGACUAUUCCUACGGCGGCCUACGAACAAAAGCUUUUGGCCGAUCGCGAUCAAAAUGCUGAAGGCAAAAAAGCGAGUCAACUCGCUCAGAGUGUCAAUACCAAAGGGUUUCUCGGCUUGGCAUCUGUCCAGGAAUCGAGUUUGCUUCAAAGUCGUCGCCAGGAUACCAGUUUGAAACCGACACGUCUGUUGGACGCGUCAGGGCAGCAAGGUGACGAGCCCGGCCAAUCCACUUUCGCUUCCAUAGCUAGCGCUCUUACAUCGACCCUCGAAGAGCUCAAGGUUAACGACGUUGUAUGGAGCAUAUCUAGCAAUGAUAAAUAUCACCAGGUCAGCUUUCCUUCUGGCAAAAACGACUCCGAAGAAAUUUUACAGAAAUUACGGGUUUUGGGGAUUGGUUCACUUUACGACACCAAAUUAAGCGUACUGCCGUGCUCUUUGCAGUACAACAGUCAGGAAGCCUUCGCAGACGACAAAGUUGAAAAUACUGAUGGAGAGGCCCAAUCUGAUGCAGACACUGACGGGGAAAAAGCCGCCGAGCGUGGUCUGCUUCCGAAAACUUCGAAGAACCAGUUCGUUCAAUCCAUCAAGUCACGACUUGCCGUUGCCCAAGUCGUCGAAGGGGUUCGUGAAAGCGCUGUGCUUUCCUUUGACUUUAUCAUGUUCGUCCUACUUGCUGGGAUGUUGGCAGCGUUGGGAUUAGUUGAAAAUUCAUCAGUCGUACUCGUCGCGUCGAUGUUGGUGUCCCCUAUGAUGGGUCCAAUUUUAGCGGGAACAUUUGGCACUGUGAUUCAAGACAGGACGCUUCAGAGGCUGGGUGUUAAAACUGAGUUAAUCGGAUUAGCGUUGUGCCUGUCUUUCGGAUUCGUAUUCGGCAUCAUUUACAGUUCCAUUGUCAACUGGGACGAUGGUUUUUGGCUCAAAGACGAAAUGGUUGCGAGAGGACAGUUACGAUCACUGUGGGUUGGAGUACUGAUCGCCUUGCCCUCUGGAGCUGGGGUAGCGCUCAGUGUACUGGGAGGCAAUGUGGGAUCGCUAGUCGGAGUAGCAAUAUCUGCUUCUUUAUUACCACCCGUUGUUAAUUCGGGUUUGCUAUGGGCAGCUGCAUUGACAAAGUAUGUUGAAUUCCAAAUUUCGGGCAAUAACAGCGUGUUGGCUGCGCCGUCAACUUACUCGGUGUCUUAUUCGACUAACAUGGCCGAAGAGGCAUUGCUGCUGGGUGGAGUUAGUCUGUGUUUAACUCUUCUGAACAUUUUUUGCAUAGUAAUGAUGGGCAUUAUCGUCCUCAAGAUCAAGGAAGUGGCACCCGACAAAGAGGCACCCAACACAAGGCGAUUCUGGAGCCACGACAUUAGGGAAGUACGGAAUUACAACAGGACGUUGACUGGAAAAGAAGCUAAAAGCUUAAUAUCUCGGAUCCACGAUGAUAUUAACGCUAAAUUGGCAGAGGAAAGUGAUGCAAAAGACGACGGCUGGCGGAAUUGCGUUGAACAAAUUUUCACGGAUCCUGUUUACCAAACAAUUAGAAUGAAGAGUGCCUACAUUUCUCCUCAGAUCACUCAGAUGACAUGGCAUCCCAUCCAGCGACCGUCUCACAAUUUAAAUAGUCCUCGAUCAAUCGACCAAUCUUUGAAACAUCCAGGUAUUCAGCGAUUUGAAAGGUCUGUCUCAUCGCCUAAAGGAGUGACAGAACAAACCGAUUCUGCCGUUAAGGUCAAACUGGGAACGGUAACUAGAGAAAGACAACUGUUUACUGCCUAUUCGCAUCGGCAAACACCUUCACCCACAAGGAAAAUCACGUGGAAUUUCCCCUUCCAGUCCAACGACAGUCGCCAAGGCCGAUUUAUCAUCAGUAGGGCUGAUAUUCCAAUUGGCAGUCGUCGCUCGAGACGGUCUAGCCGGAAAGAAAAUUGCACUGCCAAUUUGUACGAUCUUCACGAACUGGUGCCUUAAAAGGAAAAUCCGGACUGUGUUUUUUUUUUAAAAACACUUCCAUUUCACACUAGUGGCCUUAGUAUCCUGCGCUUAGUUACAAUUUCUAACCCAAUGUAUAAGAAACAACAAAUUUGACGCAUAAUGCUAGUGAUGGAUGAAUGGAUUUUUAAAAAGCCCCGCAAAAAUGUAACGAUAAAAAAAACAAAAACAGAAACUUAUAAAUAUUCAUGAAAUUUGCAUGCGCCUUUGCUGAUGAGCACCAGAAACUGGAAGAACCGCUGGGAGUUCCGCACGUUUGAAUACAGUCAACUGCUAUUAGUUGAAAGAACACUAAACUGGAUUCAGCGCGUUCCCUUGGAUGGGUUUGGCGAAAGAGCAAAAUAGGCCGCGUAAAACUUGAUAUACGAGGCAGUUUUAAUCUUGUUUCUUUUAACUCCACACGUUGUCACCCUAGUUUGUUUCUGAGACUGUUGAAAUGCUUUGCGUGGUUGUG